AUGUCUGUGACGGAAAUACAGUUUAUGGUGCAUUGUUUCGGAUUGUAUGUGAAAUUUCAAUCAAUCAAUGAAGAUAUGUUCAUGAUGAAGUCGAAAGCGAUUUUAUUAAAUAGAUACCCAUUUGUAUUAAAAUCUGAAGAACGCAAAAGUAUUGAAUUGGAUCCAUCAGCUCGUAAUGUUGAACUACUUAAGAUGAGACAUCAAUUUGUCUGCGAGUCAGUUAGUGAUCUGAAUGAAAUAUACAGCAUCCAACUAGGAAUGUCUGUUUCUGUUUUGUUUAUAAUGUUAUUGUUUGAUGUUUACGAAGUCGUAACCACUGAAUUUGCCAAUACGAAAACUCCUUUACUAUUUUAUGGAUGGCUUACACAGUAUAUAUUCAGAUUUAUUAUAGUUAUACUGACUUCACAUAUAACCACGAAAGAGGGACAUAGAACAAAAACGCUUAUUACUGAUAUACAUAAUCGUAACUUAGAUAGCAGAACAAAAGAAGAGUUACGACUGUUUUUGAGUCAAGUAUGUAAUCAUUCAAUGGAGUUUACAACCUUUGAUUUUUUGACUCUAAAUACACACCUCAUCACUUCUGCUAUAGUUGCGGGUACAACUUAUAUUGUUAUAUUGUUGCAGUUCCGUUAA